GAGAUGGCCUCGGCCGGCCUGGAGAUCCUAGGUAUGAUCCUUUGUGUGUCAGGCUGGCUAGGGGUCAUGGUGGCUUGUGGCCUGCCAAUGUGGAGAGUAGCUGCCUACAUUGGCCAGAACAUCGUCAUCUCUCAAGUGAUCUGGGAGGGCCUGUGGAUGAACUGUUCUGUCCAGAGCACGGGCCAGAUGCACUGCAAAGUCCACGACUCCAUGCUUGGACUCCCUGUGGACCUACAGGCAGCCCGUGCCCUGGUCAUCGUCUCUAUGGUGCUGUGCAUCAUGGGCAUCGGCCUGUCAGUAGCCGGGGCCAAGUGCACCAACUGCAGCUCAGACACAGGCAGCAAGCCUCGCAUGGUGCUGGGGGCCGGAGUGACCUUCAUCGUGGCGGGGCUGUUGCUGCUGACGGCCGUAUCGUGGACGGCUAACACCAUCGUCUUGGAUUUCUACGACCCGAUGCUGGAGGAAACGGGGAAGAGGGAGUUUGGGAACUCACUGUAUUUUGGAUGGGCUGCCUCCUGUCUGCUUCUCCUAGGGGGAGCUCUGCUCUGCUGCUCCUGUCCCCUGAAAGCACCCCAGGGUGUUAGCGGGGCUGGGUCUGGACCCAACAGGGUGAUGAACUACUCUGCGGUCAAAUACCCCAUGUCUGUCAAUGGAUAUGUGAGGAGGGACUAUGUGUGAGAGAGAGUGUGUUCAAUGGCUUUAGUAUAGAGACAGCCCGUUGAGACUGAUGGGACUAAGGGGAUAACUAGUGUUAGCGUCCCCCCUUUCCUGACUAGGUUGGCGAAGAAUAAAUGCAGUAUGAACGAUUGGCGAUUAAUGCUAGAUUGUGUUUUACAUAUAUGAUUUCUGUAGAGUUGGAGACAUGCAUUUAUAGACAAUUCAAGUAAAUGUAGAUGGUAGGAUUAGAGAAAUAUCUUAUUCAUGUUUUGCUGUUCGGAAAUAUUUUUUGUACUAAAUUUCACAUGAAUGUUACUCAGUGAUGACGAUGUAGAUCAUGAAAAUUUUAAUUUAGUUUAAAAAAAUAAAUAAUAAC